CGAGGGUUGUAUGCAGCGCGGCGCUAUACGAUCUUUGAUUUGUGUGUGUCUCCACCGUAGGUCGGUCGGUGGUGAUGGAUGGUUGGUUUAGUGUUUUUUGAUGGUAAACAUACAAAAUGGCGGUGAACUUGCCGUCUGAAUUUAGAAAGUUUGCGAAGUUAACUGAACAAUUACAUAAGAUUUUAUGCAAUUCGAAAUAUUCUUUAGCUGAACUUGAAAGUGAAAGUAAUGAUCAUUUUACUGAAGAUCAAUUGUCAGCUCUUCGUCUGUCUGUUGAAGAUGAGCAUGCAGUCCACGACAUCAUUCACAAACAUCCAUGUAUCAUCGUCUUAGGGCAGACAUGUGCUUCAAAGGCAGCCAUUGUGAACACUCUGUUUGACAAAAAAAUUCUACCACUUGUUGAGGACCAACCGGACUAUAGUUGGCGGAUGAUACGAUUUAAAUAUGGUAAACAAACCUCUCUUAGUCUGACACUACCAAACAGCUUUGAGGUGCUAAAUGAUCAGGAAGCAUUUGGCACAGAAUGGACGGUUAUACCAAAAGAAGAAGUUGAACUUAGGGGUGACCUUCGACAUGACCCCUACGUAGCAAGUGCAAUUGUUGAUAUACAACUAAAUAGUUCUCUUAUUAUCGGAGGUAACCAAGUUAUUGUUGCCCCACAUUCAUUACCAAAUAUGGAUAUAACGCAAGUAUAUGAGAAAUGUCAAGAUAGUGUUUUGCCGAUUGUUCUUUAUGGAAUCAGCGAUGAAUUGUUACCGUACUCGGACUUAAGUGACCUGCUUGACCUUCGAUCGUGUCUGCAUGAUCUUCCUGUAUUGUUUAUUAAAACAAAGAAUUCUAAUGCAAAAUUGAAUGGUGCGCUACCAAAAAGUACUGUCACGGAUGCUAUUAAUCAAGGGGCACGCUUAAACCAAAACCAGGUUUCAACACCACCACAAACAGAACCACCUCAACGUCAGACAAGUAAAGCUAGUAGGGUCUAUUACCCCAAAGCAAUUCGAUCACCGAUUUUCAAGCAGAAAGAAAGAAAAGCACAAACUAGCCCUCGUAUUAACGCACCAUCUCAAAAUGGACUUGGUCUUUCGCAACAGCUUCACAACAUAGGAUUUCUAAGGACGACUUCCACCCUUCAAAGUCGACACCGGAAUAAUAUCAAUAAUUCAACGAGUAAGUUACUUGACGACUUAAAGAAUGUUGGUGGAAUUAUCAUGUUUGUGAAGAACACGUUGCAGCUCUAUCUCAUUAAAUCAACUACAGCAAUGCAAAACAUGCAUAUGCAAUCCAUGAAUAUGUUCAUAACGACGGCGUUUGACAUGGCGAGAGAAAUUCAGAUCACACCAAAGAGGAUAGAUUAUGCACGGCAACAAGAGGAGGAACUGUACAAAAAAUUACUGGAAAUUGCCAGUCAGAAACAAGAAGAGAUCAAACAUUUGAUAUCGGAGACCAUCGCAAACAUGAAAGAAGACUUGCUAUUGGAGGCAGAAUGUUACCAGUUUGUAGGUAUUAAGAUCCCAAAGAAAGGUGAGGCUUGCCAGCAGAAGGAUAUCAAACGUUGUCAGCAGCAGAUUCAGGAGCUUGUCGUGAAUAAGGUCAAUACAGCCGUCGUUGAGAAGCUCAUAGGCUCUGUCGAUUAUCUACGGGAAAGCUUUGUCGGAACUCUGACAAGAUGCCUGGAGAAUCUGGAGCAAGCAGACAGUGAAAGAGAAUCCUCAGCAAGCAUGGCUCUAAGACAAAUUUUGAAUGCUGCAUACCAGGUGGAAGUGAGUGCUCGGACAAGUUCAUCCUUCAUCAGAGUAAUAUGGGAACGAAUGAAAGAGCUUGGUUUAAAAACCAUGCCAUGGAAACACCCUCCUAAAGUUGAUGCAGAAUGGCGAAAAAAGGUUGCCUUGGAGAUGAUCAGUAGUCUUAGCGAAUCAAAACUUGCCAAAAGUAUGACCUCACAGUUUAGAAAUCGUUUACAACACUCCCAUGAUGCAUUUUCUGCAUCUUUGAAGCAACUGGAAAUGAGGCAUUCUGGCCGACUGGAGAAAAAGGAGGAACAGCGAAUGAAAGUCCGGAAGGUUCAUGCCCCUAAACUGGCCCGACUUGCCCUGGAUAGCACGUCCUUACGUGACACUGUCCUAUUUGGUGUGCCUCAGCUUGGGCGUGAAAUUGGACGUGGUCAGUACGGGGUUGUGUAUUCUUGUGAAUCUUGGGGUGGCUACACGCCAUGUGCUGUCAAGUCCGUUGUACCUCCAGAUGACAAACACUGGAAUGAUCUAGCUUUAGAGUUCCAUUAUACAAGAUCAAUUCCUGAGCAUGACCGUGUAGUGGCCUUGCGUGGUUCAGUUAUCGAUCAUAAUUACGGUGGUGGAUAUUCCCCUGCAGUGCUUCUUCUAAUGGACCGCAUGCAACGCGAUUUACACGCUGCCAUUAAAGGGAACCUAGACUUCCCAAGCCGGCUCCAGGUGGCUUGUGAUGUCGUAGAAGGCUUACGUUACCUACACAGCCUAGGCUUAGUACAUAGAGAUGUCAAACUGAAGAACGUUUUGUGUAUGGUGGAAAGUUACAUGCAUCAGUGUUAUUUCUAUCCAAUGUUUUUUACAGGAGUUCGUCCGGAGAAACUCGAUGUGUUUGGUGAUAAAUCCUGGAGCUUGAUGUCAGCAUGUUGGGCGGGAGAAAUAGACAAGCGCCCUUUACUGGGCGAGGUCCAAGACAGGCUGGUAGAAAUUCGCGAUCAUGCUGUUCAAAUCGAGAACAAAACGACUAAAAGGAAUGAUACAAUGUAA